GUCUAAUUCCCGCGCAAACAAAACCCAAACCCUCUAAAAUCCCAAAAUCGAUUCAAAUCCUCAGUCCCCAACAUUCCAACCGAAAAACACCAUGGCCACCGGAGCCACCGCCACUCCCGGCAGCAAAUCCGAAAAUCCACCACAAUCGACGCCAGUACUAACCGACACAGAAAUCAUAACCCUAGCAAAUCAAACUCACCUCCAUCCCUACAUUCUUUCAACCUCCUCAAUUCCCACUCUCAUCUCCUACCUUAAAACUCGCUCGCAUUCUCCGACGCCGUCAAUCGCCGUCGCCGAUUACACGCUUGCUCUCCUCUCUCUCAUUUCUCUCGCUCCACACAAACCCCCGCUCUGUUCGCUUCUCUCGUCUCUCCUCUCCGCCUACACUAAUCUCUUCAUUUCUCAGCAAAUCCCUCGCGAUUCAAAUUCUCUUAAAACGAUCAGUUUCUUCAAUACUCUGUUAACUUACAUCCCGAUCGACGAUGUUGACUCAAUCGUUGACUUAAUUUUGACUAGUUUUUGCAAUUUAACUACUCCUGAGGAUACUCAAAUACUCGAAAUUAUUCCUGGUUGUUUUAAUUGUUUGUAUAGUGAGAAAGGAAGAGAUUACGUGAAUUUGAUUUUGGAUAAGGUUAUUGAUAAUCAAUGGUCAAAAGUAUUGUUGAUUAAAUUGGUUUCAUUAGCUAGAGAGUUUCUAGGGUUUCUUGAUAAAGCGAGAGCUAGAGUAUUCUUGGAGAAAGUGUUUGAUGGAAUGAAUGGAGUUGAUUUGCAGGACUUGCCUUCACUUGCUUAUCAGUUACUGGUUUUGGCCUCGAAAGGAUUUAGUAAGAGGGAGGUUAUUGAAGGGAUUAUUAGGUUUUUCGGGUCGGAAUUGGGGUUGAAAGGUGGUUCUAUAGUUAGGCAAAUAGAAGGGACUGUUUUGCUUCAUGUUAAUUUUGCCGUGAAGCAAGAUCCUUCCUUAGGACAAGAGGCUAUUAGGCUUGUGAAAUUGGAUUCUAGGGCUCUUAAUCAUUUCACUGUUGUUGUUUUACUUUCUAUUGCUAGGGUUAAAAGGUUUAAAGAAAGUUCCAUCGGGGUUUUGAAAACUGCGGUGCUUUCUGCUUAUCAUGAUUACAAGCUUUCUAGAGAGUUAAUGUGGUUAUCUGAUGGGUUAAAGAAAGAGUAUCUGCAAAAUGUGCAAGUAGCUGAGAAGGCUAUGUUAAGAGCUGUUAAUGAAAGCAACUAUGGAAGGGAGCAUAUAGUUCCUACUAUUGUGCAGUUCAGCUUUGUACUGUUAGAGUCAUCAGAAGCCAGAAACAAUGGUGACAUAUGCAAUUUUAGUGGUCUUAUGGGUGCUGAAGCACUUAGUAUUCAGAUGCUCAAAACCCUAUUUGAGGUCCAUGAUAUGGCAAGAAAUGAGAUUAUAGAACAGUGCAAGUUUCGCAUUCUUUCUUCAAAGCCAGAACUAAGCAGGCCAAUCAUAAGGCUGCUCUCUUUCUUGGUUCAGAGCUGUCCUCAUGCAAUGUUGGAGCAUGUUUCUCAUCUAAAGGAGAUGUUGGAUUAUUUUACUUUUAUGAAUGGAAUUACUGCCUCUGAUCUUGUUGCUGCUCUAGUACCCCUCAUCAAAUUUAAUCGUGAUCUCCGGGAUUACACCAUUUUGGUUGUGCGUAAAGCCAUGUUUAGACAAGAAGAUGCAAUUCGUCUUGCAGCAACAAAUGCUAUUAUUAGUGUUAUACUGGCAGAAAAGCAAGCCAAAAGUUCUUUUCAAGACUCGUCUAGCCAAGCAAGCUGUAGCCAGCAAACUGAAAUGCCCUGUAGCUAUGGUGGAGAUCUCUUCCACGAACUGAGUGGUUUACUACAGAGGUGUCUUUAUCAGCAGGCAGACGUCAAAGAAGUUGUGUAUCGCGGUCUUCUAAAGCUUGUCUUGGUGGAUCCAACUAGUGGAGGAGCUGUUUUUGAUUUUCUCUGGCCUCACUUCCUUCGUUUUUUCAAGGAGGAUAGUGGUGUUCAAGUUGGAAUCAGUAGCUGUAUAAAAUCAGAGUGUGACAAGGUCAUCGUUGAAGAGCCUCUAGACUGUCUUCUAUCUUGUAUUUCUUGGAUCUUACUCCUUCAACCACAUGAUAGAACUGAUCAUCCAGAUUCGUCUUGGGCGUGUUUUGGUUUCUCCCUUUCUCAAGAUAUUGAGGCAAGGAGAUCCCCAUCUGGUGAGUCUUUCUCCAAGGCUCUCCUGAAGAUUCGGGAUUUUCUAAAGAAGGGAAAUCUGGAAGGCAUCGUUAGUCCAACUCAGGAUUCUGGCUCUACAUCUUUAGAUGAAGAACACGGAAAAUGCCGUGCAUUGCUUUUGUCAGGGAUUAUUGAAGUGGUAUUGAAUAUUAUUGCUACCGAGUUUGAGAAAGCAACAGGUUUGAAGAGGAUUGAUCUUGAAAAGGAAAUUCUUGAGAUUGUUAAUCUACAUGCAUCACUCAGAAAGUAUUCCUGUAUGAGGCAGAGCAGUGGUGUCAAAAGAGGAAGUCAACAAGCUGCUACUCUUGAUAUGCCUGGAAAUGGUCAUUUCAGCAGUAACAUAGGGACUCAAGAACGGAUUUCUUUUUUGGCGACUUCAAGUCUCUGUCAGCUAAUAAAUUUAACCUUGGAUAUGUGCAAUAAUGAAUGGUCUAAAGGCACUGCAGCUUCUCAGAACCAUAGCCAGCCAUCUUCAAAGGGAACAUUGAAAUGCUUAAACUGUGUUCCUUUUGUUUUGAAUUUUUCCCUUCACCACAUAAGAUCUUAUGCUAGCGGAAGAAAAGAAGACCCAGUUAAGAAUUUAGUCUAUGGGGAAAUUAAAUUAAUGGGGCCUCCUUUGCUGAAACUGAUUUGCUUGCUCAUUUCCGGACCAAAGUUUCCGACGGAUCAGAAAAAAGAAUUGAGGAAAAAGAAUGAUCUUGAAGACAGAAAGGAAUAUCUUCCUCUAUCACUAUUGUGCUUGAAGGAAUUGAUUGCCAGUAGCUUGAAGAAUUCAUAUUCCUCUGCGUUGCUUGAAGAUUUGUUAUCGAUCUCCACACUCAAGUACGAGCUGGAUGAAGACUAUGAAGAAGCUUCCAGGAUUGAUGACCUCCAGAUAAGAAUCACAGUGUUAUUUAUUCUCAAAAUUCUUUGUCCACUGUUUGCUGAGUUGCUUACACAAUCAUGUUUUCAUGAAAUUGAGAUCGUCUGUGAUAUGUUGUUGAUGAUUGGUGACAAUCUGCCUUCCAAAUGGAGGAAGUCUAUUGGAUCCUGGGGUUUAAAUAUCUGCAAAAGUAAUAACAUAAGAAAUUCUAAGGUUGCGAAAAGUGUGGCUUCGCUUGCAAUUUCUUUAAGUUCGCCUCCAGAUGAUUUAGUAGUAGCACAUUACUUAGCUAAGGAGUUAUUAGAUGUCGCUGGAUUCAUCGGACCGGACACUGACAAGCCAUUAGAGUUAUCUAAAUCGUACCCCAUCAUAAACCAUUCAACAUGGACCGCUAUAAGUUUAUGCAUCCUGAAAUUGAUCGAAGCAGUUGUCAACGAUAUAGAUUGGGCCAUCAGAAAACUAAAGACAUUCUUUCUGGUAGAACAACAAUGCAUUCAUCAUAGUCAGAAUGUAGAACAUGCAUCAGAACUGGAAGUCGAGGAUAAUAUUUGUUCGAGGGCUGAAGCAGUGGUGAAUGUAUUAUCUUUCUUCGUUUUGAUGAACAUCAAGGACCCUCAAGCAGAGCAAUUACUAAGAUUGACUGUAAAGUUUUACAAGCAAUUGGCUCAGAUUUCAAAGCUGAGGAUAGCUACUAAGGGAUGGAAACAACUUCUACCUACUCUAGCUUUCCAGCGGCUUGUGGAAGUAACCUCCAAGAAGCUUACAGGUCCUCUUUAUAAAUUUGUAGCGGAGGUUCAAAAGGAACAACAAGAAAAGCCUAAUACAAAGGGAAUCAUAAACAAGAUCAAGAGGGAGAACAAAUGCAUUCCGGACCUAAUCUUCCAAAUAGAAGAUUAUGAGAAGUAUCUCAUUCGGAUCAGCAAGGCAAGUAAAGUCAAUUUACUGAAGCAUGUCAAGCGAAGCACAUCCAGGGAUUUCAAAAUAAUAGAUCCUCACAACAAGGAAAAACCUGAUCCAGAUCAUGAAAAUAGCCACAAAUCAAAUGAAGAUUCUGAAGAUAAUGUAUCACAGAAAUCUCUGUCACCUCGGACCAAUAGUCCUCAAGUUGCGGAGGAUUCUGACGGCGAGAAUGGAUUUGAUUUGCCUAAUGCCAAGAGAAUGAGGAAUGAUAGAGUAGUGCAAGACUCAGAUGAUGAAUCAUAGCAACGCAAAAUAACCCUUUUCUGCUGCUGCAGUUGAUCUGUUGCUUAAGCUUCCAAUUACAACAUAUGAAUUUUGGGUAAUUUUCUCACUCCCUAAACUUUAAUUCAUAAUUAUAUUCUCGAUAAACUUCCAUUUUAUAUCAGUAUUGUCUGUGACAUUACUCCAACUAUAUUUCCGUUGAACCAACUAUAGCUCAAAUGGUAUAAGGACAAUCGGAUUUCUGUAAGAACCAAUACAUUUUCACUUUGUAUGUCAAAUGUUUGUGUUUGACUUUUCGGUCCAAAGAUAACUUCAACUGGCUGUCAAGUUAUUGAAUUUUGAUGGAAAUGGAGUUGGAGUGACGGUAGACGCUAUGGAUAUAAAAUAAAAGUUGUGGUAGAAUAUAAUUAAGAUUUAAAGUUUAGAGUAUAGUAGGAGAGAGAUAAAAGUUGAGGGACCCAAUGUAUUUUGUUUACAUUACUCAUGCAAAGGUUAGGCAUCAAUCAUUUCAUAAAUAGAAACGUCAGUCCGCGAGUUGAACUUGACUCUUGUGUUAAGAUUAAAUAUUAUAGAAUUAGUUAAAAAUUGUAAAUUUUGUCAAAAUAAGUCCACCCAUUUGGACUUGAUGUAAUCAUUCUUUAAUUA